UUUUUUUGCUUAGCAACAAUACAAUCAAAUGGCAUUAUUGCUACGCCCACGCGGAAGUUUCCAAUCCCUUUCAUUUACUCUAUUAUCUAUGACCCACCUCUGAUAAACUUGCCACUCCUUUUUGCUUAACUCAAUAAAUUUACUUAUUUUUUACUUUCAUUAUUACAGGAGAUAUUGUACCGCCUACUGCUAACCCUAUUAGUACUGAAGACACUCCAGCUGCUGACAGGAUACCAGACACUCAAAAUCCACUCAUAGAAGGACAUAUAUGGACUACUCCAGCUGCUGACAGAACACCAGACACUCAGAAUCCAGCCACACAAAGAAAAAUAGAAAAAUGGCUGAAAGAAGGUGAAGUUAAGCUAGAAAUCACUCGUAUCAAUAUGCAUGGUGCACCUGGAGCUGGUAAAACGUGUUCACAACACCUCCUACUUAAUGAGCCACCACCUGAGAAACUCACUGAUAGUACACCAAUAGCUUGUCCUGCUGUUCAAGCAACAAGAAUAUCCAUUGAUGGUAAAAAUAAGUGGGAGAGGGUUAAAGAAGAAGAUUUACUUAACCAGCUUGCAUCUUGUUUAAAUGAAGCACCAAAUGAAGCAGAGCAUAUAAGAGAAGCACCAGUGCCUGCAAAUCCUGUAUCUGUUCGUUCAGAGCAUUCUUCACUGGAAGCAGAACCGCCUGAGAAGAAACCAAUUGAGGAGGAACAACUUGAGAAGAAACCAACCGAUAUGGAAGUAAUUAAAAAAAUAGUAAGUGCUCUUGAAGCAGAAAAGUUUGCAAAAUUAAGCACAAAUUGGGUUUAUUUUAUUGAUUCUGGUGGUCAACCAGCAUAUCGAGAGUUACUACCUCUUUUUACAAGAGCAGCUGCACUGAAUAUCAUCACCAUUGAUCUUACCAAAGGUCUUGAUAAGAAGUGCCAGUUUCAAUAUCGUAUCAGUCAAUUAGAGUAUCCUAUUAAUAUAAAUCAGAGUUAUUCCAAUCGUGAUAUAAUCCAAUCAACAGUUAGCUCCGGAGCUAUGUUUAAUCCCAUUGAAAUUCCUUAUGUCUCUGAGUGUAACAAGAAAAAAAAUAUCCACCCUCGCUAUUUCGUACUUGGCACACGUAAAGAUAAGUUGGAAGAGAAUGGCACACUAGAUGAGCUGGAAAAAAUGAAUAAAGUGCUGCUUGAAGAACAUAAAGCUAAUACAAAAGUCAUUAGGAAUCAUCAGGAUCACGACAAUAUUAUAUAUCCAGUUAACACAAUGCUCAAAGGGUCAGAAAGAGAAGAAGCUAGUGUAGCUCUUUGUACAAAAAUUUCAAGUUUUGGAGUUGCCAUGACAAUUCGUAUACCAAUUCGCCUGUUUGUUUUUGAGAUUUCUCUACAAAGAGAAGCUAAGCAAAAGGGACGAAGCUUCCUUACAAAAGAAGAAGUUAAGGAAAUUGGUAAGGCUCUCCGACUUGAUGAAGAAUCAGAUAUUGAAAAAGCUCUGCGAUAUUUACACAACGUCACUAUCAUUCUUUAUUAUCCUGAUAUCUUAGAGAAUAUAAUAUUUGUUGAUCCUAAGCCGAUUCUUGAUGUCCUUUCACUUCUAAUAGCUAGCACAUACACCUACCGUACAGAAGCAGAUAAUUUGAGAAUAUUGGGCCUCUUUAAUGAAAAUCUUUUACAAUCUUUUGGUAAAGAAAUAUUUGAACAUGCUGAUUUUGAAUCGUCUCACAUGAUCAAGCUUCUAAUACAUCUCCACAUCAUUGCUAAAGUUGAAAACAGAGAAGAAGGAGAUUAUUUUUUUCCAUGUGCAUUACCAUCUCAUGGUGAGCUUAAAGCCCCUCCAACAGUAAUACAACCACUUCUCAUAGCAUGGAAAAUCGAAAAAAGAGAUGAAAUAACUCUAGCCAUCCCUCAAGGAUUAUUUCCCUUAACCAUUGUACACCUUUUAGAGAAAAGAGAUGACAUACGCUUCAGUCCAGUAGACAAAGAAUAUUACAGAUGUAACAAUGCAAUGUCACUUCGUGUUUUUGAAGAAUACCACAUUGAUAUCAUCAAUCGCUAUACACAUCUUGAAAUACGUGUUCGUGGUCAUUGUAGGGACAUUUGUCCACAAAUUCGUGAAUUAGUCUCAGAAGCUGUUGUAGAUAGCUGUAAAGAUCUCAAACUUAAGGAAGAUAAUAAGUUUGUUUUUGCUUUCAAAUGUCCCCCCAGAAACACUUGCAUUGUCAAGGAAGAUAAAUGUUCUACCUGGUGUACUCAAUGUCCAGUACAAUGUAAAGUACUGCAAGGUGAUGAUGAUAGCUAUAGAUGUUGGUUUAGUGAUUGUCAAUCAUCCAGUCCAGGAGCUGCUGAGACUGGCAUGAUAAGAAAAAGAACACAUAGUAUGAAAGGAGCUGAACCAUCAUUAGAAGGUCCACCUACUAAGAGACACAAAGGGCAGUUAGAUGGAGGAGCUCAAGCAAGAGCUGGUGAUGAGGAUAUUGAUGGAUCUGCAUCACAAAGGUUGAUUGAGAAAUAUACAAAGAUGACAGAUGAGUUUGAUUUCUCAUUAUUGGAUGCUGUAAAAGAAGCUGUGGCCAUAAAGUCUAUAGAUGAUGUUAAGAGGUGUCUAUUGGAUCUAAUUAAAGUUGCUGAUUGGGCAAGUGAAGUUGAUGCAGUGAAAGAUAAGACAUCUUUGGAAGAAUUACUUCGGCGAUAUUGUUUCCUUUCUAAUUUAUCUCUACUGAAGUGGAUAGCAAAGAAGCUUGACCUCAAGGAAUCAAAGUCAAGGAUUGACCAGCUAGCUAAAGAGAGAGAUGCCUUCUAUAGUGAAGUACUUGCCAAAGACUUUGCUGCUGCAGCAAUUAAGGAUCACGAAAUCAUCAAAGAGCAUCAUGUGGAGAUGACUGUUGUUGUGUCAUGGAGUUCAUCUGAGACAACCCUAGGAACAUUUCAAGACUUCAUCACUAAAGAGUUUAAAGAUCUCUCCAUGUUCAUAGCACUGACAACUGUACAUCACAGCUGGCUGACAUUUGUUUGUACUAUAGCAUACUUGUGUGUAGAUGCUGUCAAACAUGCAGCUGUUAGUUUAGAAAAUGGAAUUCUACAAGUCAUACUUAAUAAUCAAGGUCUCCCUAUUCAUGAGCAACAUGGUGUCAUUGAAUUUGAAUAUGAAAACAACAGGUUUAAAGAGAUAGCAUACGAAAUGAAUAAGCUGUCCCGUGGCUACUGUAUAAUAAUUAACAUGAAAAAAGACCGUGAGACGGGAAAUCAAGAAGAUGUUGAUAGUUUGCGUACCUUAUUUAAAGGUACUCUUAAAUUCACCGUUGGAGUAUAUGAUGAUUUAACCGAGGAACAAAUUGAAAUGCUGAUGGGAAAUAUUAGGGAAGCUGAUCACACUAAGCUGUGUUGUUUCGUAAUGUUCAUUCUUGCUCACGGUGGAACUGAUGGGUCUACUUAUUUUCAAACAUCAAAUGAGAAAAAAGUGAAAGUAUCGAGCAUUAAGCAUCAGAUUGCAGAGAUUGAUGGGUUGAAUGGUAAGCCAAAGCUGCUCUUUCUCCAGUUAUGCCGAGGAACUACUCCUGAUACUGGAGUGUUAGAAGUAGCAGAUGAACAGCCUAGAUAUGUCACAAUACCAACUGGUUCCGAUUUUUUGACAUCUUUCGCGACAAUUGAGAAUUACAUUUCCUGCCGAAAUCGCAAUGGAUCUCGUUUUAUUCAAAGUUUAUGUGAGGUCUUCACUGCCCAUUAUACUAUGUUUGAUGUUGUGACAAUGAUGACCAUGGUCACCAGGAAGGUAGCUGAUAUGUCUCGUGCAGUGAGGAGGGGAGAUGGGACUAUAGUAAAUAAUGUGAAGCAAAAUCCAGAGACUACGUUCACGUUUAGAAAGACUCUUUACUUUGGAAAACCUGAGCAAUCAACACAUGAUUACAUUUUGCGGCAGCAGUAAUAGAUGCUACUUAGAUUUUUGAACAUUUUUC